CUGCAGAUCCCCAAAGGGAAUUUAGGAAGAUUCUUAAUCUUGUCAGAAGAUUGUAAUCUUGUCAGACAAAAAAGGAUGGAUUGGAUGAUAAAUUUAUCCCGAUCGAAGAUGAAGGUUUUGUGUGUUGUCACUGUAUUGUGCUGCUCUUUUGGAAAUUCACAACAAAAAGGCACUACCGCAACAACUCAGACUACAGAAGGAAUAAAAUCAAAUGAUGAAAUGAAAACAACAUCUGCUACAACUCCUGAAAAUGAAAAAAAAUAUACAACAAAUAUGAUAUCUGGGACAGAAGAAAGGUCAAACCCAACGGAUGGCAAGAUUACGGUAUCAAAUACAUCCAAGACAACGGAAUUCUCCACCUCGAGUGCACAGGCCACAUUGCCUCCCGAGACUACGGCUCCAGCCGCUUCCACUAGAGCAGACACGUCUCCAUUGGAGACAACCUCCACAGUCCUCUCGACAGCGGAACAAAGCGCCAAACCAAAGACUUCUGCCACCACAACAAUGCAGUCCAGCCCGGCUGAGAGUUCCGUGCCUCAGCAGGUCACCACUGCAGCAGGAGAGGCAACAACUGCGACCACCAUGGUCCUUGCCCAAACAACUUCCUCUGCUCCGGGGACAAGACCAGCUUCUGCCACCACUGCUGCUGUUUCACUGAGCUCUACUCUUGACACAACAGCUCUCACCACAGCUACACCCACCACCAGCACCGUAGUUGAGACUGCCUCCUCAGCUGUGGAUCUGGGCACAUCCACUGUUGGGCCAACAACUGUGUCCACCACCACAAGGCCAGAAGGCACCACCUUGGUCUCGCAGUCCACAUCCCAGGCUGAGUCUACUGCUUCAGGCACUUCAGCUCAGCCAGAAAUGUCUCCACUCACAACAGCCUUAAGAAUCCUGACAAUCACAGCAGACAUCUCUAACCUCAUGGCUACAACCACCACUCCAGCCCAAUCCAGCCAGGCAGAGACAUCCAGUAAUGACCAGGUGAACACGAAAAGGACAGAAACAACAAUGCCCUCUAUGAUGCACAUGCAAACAUCAUCCGCUGUCCCAGGGAGAAUCCAAACUUCUGCCACCACCUCUUCUGUUCCAACAAGAUCGCCUCUUCUGACCGGUUCACCAGGCCUCACCACAGCUCCAGGCACCAACACUCCCAUGGAAACAACAAACCCAACUUCUGCCACAGCCUCCUCUCUUCCAAGGAGCUCAACUCCAGAGACGAGUUCAUCAAGGCUCACCACAGCUCCAAGCACCACCACGCAGGUUGAGACAACAAGCCCAACUUCUGCCACAGCCUCCACUCUUUCAAUGAGCUCAACUCUGGAGAGCACUUCACCAGGGCUAACCACAGCUCCAAGCACCACCACGCAGGUUGAGACAACAAGCCCAACUUCUUCCACCAUCUCAACUCUUCCAAGGAGCUCAACUCCAGAGACCAGCUCACCAGGGCUCACCACAGCUCCAAGCACCACCACGCAGUUGGAGACAACAAGCCCAACUUCUGCCACCGCCUCUUCACCUCCAAUGAGCUCAACUCUGCAGACCAAUGCAGCUGCUCUCAAUGCAGACAUAAGCACCACCAUGCCGUUGGACACAACAAGCCCAACUUCUUCCACCACUACCACUCUUCCAACGAGCUCAACUCCGGAGACCAGCUCACCAGGGCUCACCACAGCUCCAAGCACCACCACAGAGUUGGAGACAACAAGCCCAACUUCUGCCACAGCCUCUUCUCUUCCAGUGAGCUCUACACUGGAGACCAGUUCAACAGCUCUCACUACUGCUCCCAGCACCACCAUGACGUUGGAGACAACAAGCCCAACUUCUGCCACAGCCUCCACCCUUUCUACGAGCUUGGCUUUCGAGAGCACUUCACCAGAGCUCACCAAAGCUCCAAGCACCACCACGCAGGUGGAGACACCAAGCCAAAUUUCUUCCACCAUCUCAACUCUUCCAAGGAGCUCAACUCCAGAGACCAGCUCACCAGGGCUCACCACACGGCCAAGUACCACCAUGCCUUUGGAAACAAGAAGCCCAACUUCUGCCACUGCAUCUUCUCUCCCAACGAGCUCUGCUCGAGCCACCAGUUCACCAGGUCUCACCACAGCUCCAAGCACCACCACAGAGUUGGAGACAACAAGCCCAACUUCUGCCACAGCCUCCACUCUUUCUACGAGCUUGGCUUUCGAGAGCACUUCACCACGGCUCACCACAGCUCCAAGCACCACCACGCAGGUUGAGACAACAAGCCCAACUUCUUCCACCAUCUCCACUCUUCCAACAAGCUCAACUCCGGAGACCAGCUCACCAGGGCUCACCACAGCUCCAAGCACCACCACGCAGUUGGAGACAACAAGCCCAACUUCUGCCACAGCCUCUUCACCUCCAAUGAGCUCAACUCUGCAGACCAAUGCAGAUGCUCUCAAUGCAGACAUAAGCACCACCAUGCCGUUGGACACAACAAGCCCAACUUCUUCCACCAUCUCCACUCUUCCAACAAGCUCAACUCCGGAGACCAGCUCACCAGGGCUCACCACAGCUUUCAGCACCACCACGCAGUUGGAGACAACAAGCCCAACUUCUGCCACCGCCUCUUCACCUCCAAUGAGCUCAACUCUGGAGAGCACUUCACCAGGGCUCACCACAGCUCCAAGCACCACCAUGCAGCACCACCACACAGUUGGAGACAACAAGCCCAACGUCUUCCACCGCCUCUUCUCUUCCAAUGAGCUCAACUCCAGAGAACAGCUCACCAGGGCUCACCACACGGUCAAGUACCACCAUGCCUUUGGAAACAACAAGCCCAACUUCUGCCACCGCAUCUUCUCUCCCAACGAGCUCUGCUCGAGCCACCAGUUCACCAGCACCACCACGCAGGUUGAGACUACAAGCCCAACUUCUUCCACCAUCUCCACUCUUCCAACGAGCUCAACUCCGGAGACCAGCUCACCAGGGCUCACCACACCGCCAAGCACCACCACGCAGUUGGAGACAACAAGCCCAACUUCUGCCACAGCCUCUUCACCUCCAAUGAGCUCAACUCUGGAGAGCACUUCACCAGGGCUCACCACAGCUCCAAGCACCACCACGCAGGUUGAGACAACAAGCCCAACUUCUUCCACCAUCUCAACUCUUCCAAGGAGCUCAACUCCAGAGACCAGUUCACCAGGGCUCACCACACCGCCAAGCACCACCACGCAGUUGGAGACAACAAGCCCAACUUCUUCCACCAUCUCCACUCUUCCAACGAGCUCAACUCCGGAGACCAGCUCACCAGGGCUCACCACACCGCCAAGCACCACCACGCAGUUGGAGACAAGAAGCCCAACUUCUGCCACAGCCUCUUCACCUCCAAUGAGCUCAACUCUGGAGAGCACUUCACCAGGGCUCACCACAGCUCCAAGCACCACCACGCAGUUUGAGUCAACACGCCCAACUUCUGCCACAUUCUCUACUUUUUCAACGAGAACUACUCCUGAGACGAUUGGAGACAACAAGCCCAACGUCUUCCACCGCCUCUUCUCUUCCAAUGAGCUCAACUCCGGAGGACAGCUCACCAGGGCUCACCACACGGUCAAGUACCACCAUGCCUUUGGAAACAACAAGCCCAACUUCUGCCACCGCAUCUUCUCUCCCAACGAGCUCUGCUCGAGCCACCAGUUCACCAGCACCACCACGCAGUUGGAGACAAGAAGCCCAACUUCUGCCACAGCCUCUUCACCUCCAAUGAGCUCAACUCUGGAGAGCACUUCACCAGGGCUCACCACAGCUCCAAGCACCACCACGCAGUUUGAGUCAACACGCCCAACUUCUGCCACAUUCUCUACUUUUUCAACGAGAACUACUCCUGAGACGAGUUCAUCAGGUCUCACUGCUGAUAUAAGCACCACCACACAGUUGGAGACAACAAGCCCAACGUCUUCCACCGCCUCUUCUCUUCCAAUGAGCUCAACUCCGGAGGACAGCUCACCAGGGCUCACCACACGGCCAAGUACCACCAUGCCUUUGGAAACAAGAAGCCCAACUUCUGCCACCGCAUCUUCUCUCCCAACGAGCUCUGCUCGAGCCACCAGUUCACCAGGUCUCACCACAGCUCCAAGCACCACCACAGAGUUGGAGACAACAAGCCCAACUUCUGCCACAGCCUCCACUCUUUCUACGAGCUUGGCUCUCGAGAGCACUUCACCAGAGCUCACCACAGCUCCAAGCACCACCACGCAGGUUGAGACAACAAGCCCAACUUCUUCCACCAUCUCCACUCUUCCAACAAGCUCAACUCCGGAGACCAGCUCACCAGGGCUCACCACACCGCCAAGCACCACCACGCAGUUGGAGACAACAAGCCCAACUUCUGCCACAGCCUCUUCACCUCCAAUGAGCUCAACUCUGCAGACCAAUGCAGCUGCUCUCAAUGCAGACAUAAGCACCACCAUGCCGUUGGAGACAACAAGCCCAACUUCUUCCACCAUCUCCACUCUUCCAACGAGCUCAACUCCGGAGACCAGCUCACCAGGGCUCACCACAGCUCCAAGCACCACCACGCAGUUGGAGACAACAAGCCCAAUUUCUGCCACAGCCACUUCUCUUCCAGUGAGCUCUACCCUGGAGACCAGUUCAACAGCUCUCACUACAGCUCCAAGCACCACCACGCAGUUGGAGAGAACAAGCCCAACUUCUGCCACCGCCUCUUCACCUCCAAUGAGCUCAACUCUGGAGAGCACUUCACCAGGGCUCACCACAGCUCCAAGCACCACCAUGCAGGUUGAGACAACAAGCCCAACUUCUUCCACCAUCUCCACUCUUCCAACAAGCUCAUCUCCAGAGACCAGCUCACCAGGGCUCACCACAGCUCCAAGCACCACCACGCAGUUGGAGACAACAAGCCCAACUUCUGCCACAGCCUCUUCUCUUCCAAUGAGCUCUACACUGGAGACCAGUUCAACAGCUCUCACUACAGCUCCCAGCACCACCAUGACGUUGGAGACAACAAGUCCAACUUCUGCCACAGCCUCCACUCUUUCUACGAGCUUGGCUCUCGAGAGCACUUCACCCGAGCGCACCACAGCUCCAAGCACCACCACGCAGACCAAUGCAGCUGCUCUCAAUGCAGACAUAAGCACCACCAUGCCGUUGGAGACAACAAGCCCAACUUCUGCCACAGCCUCCACUCUUCCAACGAGCUCAACUCCGGAGACCAUUGGAGACAACAAGCCCAAUGUCUUCCACCACCUCGUCUCUUCCAAUGAGCUCAACUCCGGAGAACAGCUCACAAGGGCUCACCACACGGCCAAGUACCACCAUGCCUUUGGAAACAACAAGCCCAACUUCUGCCACCGCAUCUUCUCUCCCAACGAGCUCUGCUCGAGCCACCAGUUCACCAGCCUCCACUCUUUCUACGAGCUUGGCUCUCGAGAGCACUUCACCCGAGCUCACCACACCUCCAAGCACCACUACGCAGUUGGAGACAACAAGCCCAACGUCUUCCACCGCCUCUUCUCUUCCAAUGAGCUCAACUCCAGAGAACAGCUCACCAGGGCUCACCACACGGCCAAGUACCACCAUGCCUUUGGAAACAACAAGCCCAACUUCUGCCACCGCAUCUUCUCUCCCAACGAGCUCUGCUCGAGCCACCAGUUCACCAGCCUCCACUCUUUCAAUGAGCUCAACUCUGGAGAGCACUUCACCAGGGCUCACCACAGCUCCAAGCACCACCACGCAGUUGGAGACGACAAGCCCAACUUCUUACACCACCUCAACUCGUCCAACAAGCUCAACUCCGGAGACCAGCUCACUAGGGCUUACCACAGCUCCAAGCACCACCACCACCACCACACAGUUGGAGACAACAAGCCCAACGUCUUCCACCGCCUCUUCUCUUCCAAUGAGCUCAACUCCAGAGAACAGCUCACCAGGGCUCACCACACGGCCAAGUACCACCAUGCCUUUGGAAACAACAAGCCCAACUUCUGCCACCGCAUCUUCUCUCCCAACGAGCUCUGCUCGAGCCACCAGUUCACCAGCCCAACUUCUGCCACAGCCUCACCUCUUUCAAUGAGCUCAAGGCUGGAGAGCACUUCACCAGGGCUCACCACAGCUCCAAGCACCACCACGCAGUUGGAGACAACAAGCCCAACUUCUGCCACAUUCUCUACUUUUUCAACGAGAACUACUCCUGAGACGAGUUCAUCAGGUCUCACUACUGAUAUAAGCACCACCACACAGUUGGAGACAACAAGCCCAAUGUCUUCCACCGCCUCUUCUCUUCCAAUGAGCUCAACUCCAGAGAACAGCUCACCAGGGCUCACCACACGGCCAAGUACCACCAUGCCUUUGGAAACAACAAGCCCAACUUCUGCCACCGCAUCUUCUCUCCCAACGAGCUCUGCUCGAGCCACCAGUUCACCAGGUCUCACCACAGCUCCAAGCACCACCACAGAGUUGGAGACAACAAGCCCAACUUCUGCCACAGCCUCCACUCUUUCAAUGAGCUCAACUCUGGAGAGCACUUCACCAGGGCUCACCACAGCUCCAAGCACCACCACGCAGGUUGAGACAACAAGCCCAACUUCUUCCACCAUCUCAACUCUUCCAAUGAGCUCAACUCCAGAGAACAGCUCACCAGGGCUCACCACACCGCCAAGCACCACCACGCAGUUGGAGACAACAAGCCCAACUUCUGCCACAGCCUCUUCACCUCCAAUGAGCUCAACUCUGCAGACCAAUGCAGCUGCUCUCAAUGCAGACAUAAGCACCACCAUGCCGUUGGACACAACAAGCCAAAAUUCUGCCACCAUCUCCACUCUUCCAAGGAGCUCAACUCCGGAGACCAUUGGAGACAACGAGCCCAACGUCUUCCACGGCCUCUUCUCUUCCAAUGAGCUCAACUCCAGAGAACAGCUCACCAGGGCUCACCACACGGCCAAGUACCACCAUGCCUUUGGAAACAAGAAGCCCAACUUCUGCCACCGCAUCUUCUCUCCCAACGAGCUCUGCUCGAGCCACCAACAUAAGCACCACCAUGUCGUUGGACACAACAAGCCCAACUUCUUCCACCAUCUCCACUCUUCCAACGAGCUCAACUCCGGAGACCAGCUCACCAGGGCUCACCACAGCUUCCAGCACCACCAUGCCUUUGGAAACAACAAGCCCAACUUCUGCCACCGCAUCUUCUCUCCCAACGAGCUCUGCUCGAGCCACCAGUUCACCAGCCUCCACUCUUUCAAUGAGCUCAACUCUGGACAGCACUUCACCAGGGCUCACCACAGCUCCAAGCACCACCACGCAGCUGGAGACAACAAGUCCAACUUCUUCCACCAUCUCAACUCUUCCAAGGAGCUCAACUCCACAGACCAGUUCACCAGGGCUCACCAGACCGCCAAGCACCACCACGCAGAGCUCAACUCCGGAGACCAGCUCACCAGGGCUCACCACAGCUCCAAGCACCACCACGCAGUUGGACACAACAAGCCCAACUUCUGCCACAGCCUCUUCACCUCCAAUGAGCGCAACUCUGGAGAGCACUUCACCAGGGCUCACCACAGCUCCAAGCACCACCAUGCAGUUGGAGACAACGAGCCCAACGUCUUCCACGGCCUCUUCUCUUCCAAUGAGCUCAACUCCAGAGAACAGCUCACCAGGGCUCACCACACGGUCAAGUACCACCAUGCCUUUGGAAACAACAAGCCCAAAUUCUGCCACCGCAUCUUCUCUCCCAACGAGCUCUGCUCGAGCCACCAACAUAAGCACCACCAUGUCGUUGGACACAACAAGCCCAACUUCUUCCACCAUCUCCACUCUUCCAACGAGCUCAACUCCGGAGACCAGCUCACCAGGGCUCACCACAGCUUCCAGCACCACCAUGCCUUUGGAAACAACAAGCCCAACUUCUGCCGCCGCAUCUUCUCUCCCAACGAGCUCUGCUCGAGCCACCAGUUCACCAGGUCUCACCACAGCUCCAAGCACCGCCACAGAGUUGGAGACAACAAGCCCAACUUCUGCCACAGCCUCCUCUCCUUCUACGAGCUUGGCUUUUGA